GAAAUUGCUUCGAGAGGAUCUUCUUGGCGCCAAGGCUAAUUGUCCUGAUUUAUGUCGCUUCUGACAAAAAAGAAAAAAAAAGAAGACCUAACGUCUUCAUCUGAAAUAAAAUGAAAGCGGUGCCAAGCGGGAUAGAGCCGCCUGGCCGCUGGUUCUGAUCCCCUGGGAUCCGGGGGGGGGAAAAAUCGUUCUGCGGCUUAAAAGAAAAGAAAGGAAUAGAAACAGAGAAGAGAGAGAGAGAAAGAAAAAAAAUCCUACAGUAAAAGUUUAAGGCGAGAAGUGGCGGCAGCGGCGGCGGCGCGGGGAGCCUGCGAGCGGAGAAGGCUGCCGACCUCGGAAGGCGGCGAUUUGGUUCCUAAUCCCACUGUAUUUUUGGAGGGAGAGGCACCUUUCUCAUCCUCCCUUCCUCUCCGCCCACCCCCUCCCUCCCCCUCAUCUACCUGUCAAAGUCACUGAUCUUUUGCAUUUUGGAAGAGGACGUCAACGGGAAGGAAUUCCCCCCCGUCAGGGUCCGGGCUCCGAGAGGGGGCGACGCGCGACGAGGCUGCCCCAGGGGCAAGAGACCAAGGUUGCUGGUGCCAGAAGGGGAAGGAGAAAAGAUUGAUGGGAAACAGACACGGGACCACAGACAUUCAUCCCUUUGCUUGUGAUACUGAUACUUCAGCGCAUCUGAGUAGCCCUGAUGAACCCUGAACGCCGAGGAUCACUCAGGAUUAUCGGAUGUACAACAGGAGAGCCAUCACUUUGCUAAAUUAUUAUCUGCUCCUGGACAUCUUUCACAAAAGUCUAAUAGAUAUGUUCUACGAGGAGAAAAGGCUGCAAGCUGCUAAUGCCUAACAGAUAAGCAUGUUAGGCUUCUACCAAAGUCCUCAGCAUCCCUGACCACGUACAAUAUUUCAAUCUGUCACAUUUGGUUUGGAAUCUGCUUGGAGAUCUCAGCCUAUUUUUUAAGUAUAUAUAUACAGACCUACCUACAUAAAGAUACAUAUAGAUGCACACACAUAUGUAUAAUAUACUCAUGUAUAUUUAAAAGAGACACUGAUUGCAUAUAAGACACGAAGAUUGCCAAGAUUUUAGAGAUGUAUUUGUCAAGAUUCCUGUCGAUCCAUGCCCUGUGGGUUACAGUGUCCUCUGUGAUGCAGCCCUACCUUUUAGUGUGGGGACAUUAUGAUGUAUGUAAGAGUCUGAUUUACACAGAAGAAGGGAAAGUUUGGGAUUACACGGCCUGCCAGCCAGAAUCCACGGACAUGACAAAGUAUCUGAAAGUGAAACUGGAUCCUCCGGAUAUUACCUGUGGAGACCCUCCAGAGUCGUUCUGUGCAAUGGGCAACCCUUACAUGUGCAAUAAUGAGUGUGAUGCAAGUACCCCUGAACUGGCACACCCUCCUGAGCUGAUGUUUGAUUUUGAAGGAAGACAUCCCUCCACAUUUUGGCAGUCUGCUACUUGGAAGGAGUACCCCAAACCUCUCCAGGUUAACAUCACUCUGUCUUGGAGCAAAACCAUUGAACUCACAGACAACAUAGUUAUUACCUUUGAAUCGGGACGUCCAGACCAAAUGAUCCUAGAGAAAUCUCUCGAUUACGGACGAACAUGGCAGCCCUAUCAGUAUUACGCCACAGACUGCCUACAUGCAUUUCAUAUGGACCCGAAAUCCGUGAAGGAUUUAUCCCAGCACACGGUCUUAGAAAUCAUUUGCACAGAAGAGUACUCCACCGGGUACUCCACGAAUAGCAAAAUAAUCCACUUCGAGAUCAAAGACAGGUUUGCGUUUUUUGCGGGACCUCGGCUACGAAAUAUGGCUUCCCUCUAUGGACAGCUGGAUACAACCAAGAAACUCAGAGAUUUCUUCACAGUCACGGACCUGAGGAUCAGGCUGUUGAGACCUGCCGUUGGGGAAGUAUUUGUAGAUGAACUACAUUUGGCACGUUACUUUUAUGCGAUCUCAGACAUAAAGGUGCGAGGAAGGUGCAAGUGCAACCUGCAUGCCACUUCCUGUUUGUAUGACAACAGCAAACUGACAUGUGAAUGUGAGCACAACACUACAGGUCCAGACUGUGGGAAAUGUAAGAAGAAUUACCAGGGCCGACCUUGGAGUCCAGGCUCAUACCUCCCCAUCCCCAAAGGCACUGCAAACACCUGUAUCCCCAGCAUUUCCAGUAUUGGUAACUGUGAAUGCUUCGGCCACUCCAAUCGGUGCAGUUAUAUCGAUCUGCUAAAUACAGUCAUUUGCGUGAGCUGUAAACACAACACUAGAGGUCAGCACUGUGAGUUAUGCAGGCUGGGCUACUUCAGAAAUGCUUCUGCACAGCUGGACGAUGAGAAUGUGUGCAUAGAGUGUUAUUGUAACCCUUUGGGUUCAAUCCAUGAUCGUUGUAAUGGCUCAGGAUUUUGUGAGUGUAAGACUGGAACAACAGGGCCUAAAUGUGAUGAGUGUCUGCCAGGAAAUUCCUGGUACUACGGCUGUCAACCUAAUGUCUGUGACAAUGAGCUCCUGCACUGCCAGAAUGGAGGGACCUGCCAGAACAAUGUGCGCUGCGCGUGCCCAGACGCCUACACUGGCAUCCUCUGUGAGAAGCUACGGUGCGAAGAGGCAGGCAGCUGUGGCUCCGACUCUGGCCAGGGAGCACCCCCGCGGGGCUCCCCAGCACUGCUGCUGCUGACAGCGCUGCUGGGGACUGCCAGUCCCCUGGUGUUCUAGGGGUCACACCCAGCCCUCCAACAGGCCUGUGCUGUGGGGACGCAAACACAACCCAAGCGAUUGCUACUGACAUAGAAAACACGCACACCCACUCCAACACAGUGUAUAGAAGAAGAGGGCCUAAUUGAACUAAGCCAUAUCUCUCAGAACCGGACAGCACAUCGCACAUCGGAGUCAGGACUGUUCAUCACUGACUCCAGAGGAAUUGGCAGCUGUUGCUAUUAUCACUGCAAAUCUCAUUGCCAGCUGCAGAGCUGAUUGCGGAUUGGAAAGGCUGUGAGAGCGCCCCCAAAAGGAAAGACAAAAAACAAACUGAUCAACCAACCUAAAAACAUUCGCUACUCUACCGUGGUGCACCCUAGUACCGCUCUGCUCAGUGUGUGGGCCAACCAAAUAAAAGCACUCUUCGCUGUCAGGUGCAUUGUGGGUAAUAAGGAAAUCUGUUACAAGCUGCCAUAUUGGCCUGCUUCAGCACCCCCCCCCCCAUUCCCUUCCAACCUGUGCUUUAGUGAACGUUGCUCUGUAACCGUUGUUGGUUGAAAGAUUUCUUUGUCUGAUGUUAGUGAUACACAUGUGUAACAGCCCCCUCCAAAGCGCAAGCCAGUCAUGCCCCUGUAUAUUUUAGCAGCACUGCGAUCCCAGUGCCAGCUCACAUCCACUUCACAAGAGUGGCUAGAGGAAAAGAGAAAGUGUAUCUAUCCUUUUGUAUUCAAAUGAAGUUAUUUUUCUUGAAAUAAUGUAAUAUGUAGAUUUUUUGUAUUAUUGCCAAUUUAUGUUACCAGACAAUCUGUUAAUGUAUCUAAUUCGAAUCAGCAAAGACUGACAUUUGAUUUUUGGUCCUCUUUGGUUUUGUUUCGUUUCAUCGUGCAGAGAUUUCUCUGUAAGGGCAACGAGCGUGCUGGCAUCAAAGAAUAUUGGUUUACAUAUAGCAAGUGUAAUAAGAUUCCACCAAAGGACAUUUUAAAUGUUUUCUUGUUGCUUUAACACUGGAAGAUUUAAAGAAUAAAAAUUCCUGCAGAAAUGAUAUCAGGAAAUUGUAUGGCCGUUUCUUAAGAUGAAAGGAGCAACCACUCAACAGUUUCCCAGUUACGUCACUGGUUUUGUGUGGACUGAACACAGUCAGCUGACAACUUUAGUAACCAGGAAGAUGGAUUGAUGGUCACUAGCUUGGACAACGUCUGCAAAGUAUGAGACUAUUUUCCACCUGGGAAAAAAUUAUAACCACAAAAACAGAGAGAAAGAAAUAUCUAAGUGAUUGCCAAGAUUAUGCCAAAGCCUGUUGGCAGAGCACUAAGAGACUUUUAUUUUUAAGUCAUGCUAUUUUCACAGAUUUAUGGUGAUCAUGUGACUCUAGGGAUGCCGAUCUAUGUAUCCUUCCAAAUACAGUGUUUACAUGGAGUAUCAUAAGAGGCCACCUGGGGAACCAGGACAGCAGCAGGGAAAUUGAGUGAUUAGCAAUUUGACUUUGAAUAUAUUCUAAGUAUUUAAAUGAAAUAUCAAAAUAUACAGCAGCAAGUAGACAUAACUGCUGUUCCUGAAAAUAAAGUCUGUUUCAAGUACUGCCCAAGGUGUAAUAAAUUCUUGUUUCUGCCUUUUAUUAGGCCAAUUACUGUACAAGACAGCAGAGGGAGCGGGGCUGGGGGAGAAACACUUUGAAGGUUUGGAGGGGCUGAAACAGUGUAUGUUCAAUCCCAGCAAACUGCCACCCUGCAGGUGACAAAUGUGUCAGCAACGGCAGGCAUCUCUUGGAAUCAGAAAUAAUUAUGAGACCAAACCAGAAGAUUAAAGACAAUGAAGUCCUACAUGACUUGGUGGGACAAUAACCUAUGACAGUAUUAGGUCAGAAGCCUCGUUCCAGGCUGAAUUCUUCACCCUACUGCCAGUCUCAGCUGAACCAGGGGGGAGGAAUGUCUUCUGAUAAAUAACCCGAGUCAAAACUAGAUGAAGGAACAGCAUGUCUUAUUGGUUUUGUUCCCAGAAAAGCCAAUUCAAAGAAGGCAAUAAAAGGUAAGCAGGUAAUUCCUGCUCUGCCUGCCACCCCACAUCCAAGACUAUUGAAUGUUUGUUAUUCAAACCAACAGCCUCUUUUGAUAUAAGAAAUAGGGAAAGAUGGAAAUAAAUUAGCGCUUUGGCUGAGUGCCAGAGUGGCCAACCAGAAAUGGCAGAUUUACAUUAGAAGCAUAAAUAGGAAAUUAUAUUCCCGGCUCACCAAAGAAUACACAUGAAAAUUCUGAUAGCAGGCAGAGUGUGAGAUUACUUCUAAUGAGGUGGAUUUCUGAUAUUAAAAAUGGAGUUUAAGUUGUCUUAUAGUUUAUUAGCACAAACCAAAGGCAGACUGUGUUAUUUCUGGCAAUGGUGCACUUUAUCGUUACCCAGUCACAGCUUUGUCACAACGAUCAGGAAUCAGACGCUGCACAAUUCAAUACGUGGGAUUCCAAAAGCUAAUUCUGAAAUUUAAUGAAAGCCUGAUUUAAAUCAACUCAUCUGCAUUUUAUCUUUAUGAGGCUAUAAGAAUCUAAAUUGAUGAGGAAUAUCUUGCAUUCAGUGUAUUUAGAUAUAGUUCUCUGAAUUUCUUGAAGUGAUGUGAUCUGCUUUUAAUAAAAAUUCACUUUUAGGU